AUGGCGUCACAUUCAAAUUCAAAUUCAAAUUCUUUAUUUCAAAAUGAUAAGAAUAACAACAGUAAUAGAGAUAUAGCUAUACCUACACCAAGUAAUUCAUCAUCAUUUCGUAAUACUAAUACCAACCCAACACCUUCCAUUAGACUGCCAUCACCUUCUAUAAAUAGUUACAACAACAACAACAACAACAAUAGUGCCAUUCCUACAACAACCACUAGUAGAUCAAUAACUGGGAUGUCUAACGCUUCCAUUAAUGAUUCAGGUGAUUCUAACCCACAAAGUUAUGAUGAACAAAUUUCUCAAUUAAAUAAUUUAAACAAUAAAAAAUCUUUUGAUUUGAAAACUAUUAGUAAACAUUUAAUUAAUCAAGAAGAUAGUUUAAAGACUCAAGGUGGUGAUAUCACUAGAAGAUUAUAUCAUCAGAUGGAAAACAUAACCGGUAACAAUAAUCAUAAUAAUAAUAAUAAUAACACUGAUACUACUGGUAAUGAUUUGGAUGAUAAUGUUAGUAUUGGAGGUAAUAGUACUUUCCGUGAUGGACCACCACCAAGAUUAAGAACUAGAAGUGCGUCAUUUUCAAGUUAUUUAGAAGAAACUAGACGAGGUUCAAUGGCUAGUGAUAUCAAUAUACCGGGUGGAUUCAGACGAGAAUUUUUAAUUAAUAAAGCUAUACAAAAGAAUCAACAACCACCUAAUUUCCUUACUCAAAAUUUUAUGGAAUUUUUAAGUAUUUAUGGUCAUUUUGCUGGUGAAGAUUUUAGUGAUGAAGAAGAAGAAGGUGAUGAAGGUGAUGAAGAGUAUGAUAAUGGGCAUGAUGGUGAUGAAGUUUUCGAUGAAGAAUCAAGUUUAUUGGGUAAUGAACGAAGAGGAGGUGGAAGCGGCGGCGGACAACCAUUUAGACAAUUACCAAAGAAACCUCAUUCUCAUCCUCAAAAACAACCACCAAAAGGUACUGCAUCGGUUUUCAAAACCUUUUUAUUAUUAUUUAAAGCAUUAGUUGGUUCAGGAGUGUUAUUUUUACCAAGAGCAUUUUAUAAUGGAGGAAUGUUAUUUUCUAUGAUUACUUUGAGUUUAUUUGGCUUAUUAACUUUUUUUUGUUAUAUUGGAUUAAUUGAAUCUAAAACUAUAUUGAGGUUGUCUUCAUUUGGUGAAUUAGGUUAUAAAACUUAUGGGAAACCUUUGAAAUAUUGUAUUUUGGUGUCAAUUCUUUUAAGUCAAAUUGGAUUUGUCACUACUUAUAUUUUAUUUACAGCAGAAAACAUGAUUGCAUUUUUAUCUCAAUAUGUAUCUACCAAAAACAAUUUGUUGUCACAGGAGGUUCUUCCAAAUUGGUUAAAUCGUGGUAAUUUGAUUUUGAUUCAAUGUAUUCUAUUAAUCCCUUUGGUAUUAAUUCGAAAUUUGGCUAAAUUAUCAAUGGUUUCAUUAAUUUCAUCAGUAUUUAUUGUUAUUGGAUUAUUAAUUAUAUUUUGGUAUUCAGGAGUAAAUUUAAUUAAUAAUGGUGUUGGCCCCAAUAUUACAAAUUUUAAUUCUAAUAGUUGGACAAUGUUAAUUGGGGUUGCUGUUACUUCAUUUGAAGGAAUUGGUUUAAUUUUACCCAUUCAAUCAUCAAUGAGUCAACCAGAAAAAUUCCCUCUUGUUUUGUCUAUUAGUAUGGCUAUUAUUACCAGUAUUUUUGUUGGUAUUGGAACUAUUGGAUAUUUUUCAUUUGGUGAUAAAAUUAAAUCAAUCAUUAUUUUGAAUUUACCUCAAGAUCAAUUUGCUGUACAAUCUAUUUUAGUAUUGUAUUCUAUUGCGGUAUUUUUAUCAGGACCAUUACAAUUGUUCCCAGCUAUCAAAAUUGGUGAAUCAUUAAUUUUCCGUCAUUCAAAGAAAAAAUCAAAACGCCAACAACAUCAACAUGGUAGUACUGACGAAAGUAAUACUAAUAAUACUGAUGAUAACGAUGGUAAAUUAUAUCAUCAAUCAGGUAAAUAUAAUCCACAAGUGAAAUGGUUGAAAAAUGGAUUUAGAGCAAUUUCAGUGAUAUUUAUUUGUUCACUUGCUUAUUUAAAUGCUGAUAAUAUUGAUAAAUUUGUUUCAUUUAAUGGUUGUUUUGCUUGUAUCCCCUUGGUAUACAUUUAUCCCCCAUUAAUUCAUUUGAAAUCAAUUCAAUCAAAACAACAACAACAACAACAACAAACAGGUAGAUCAAAAUCAGAUCAAUUAUUUAUUUGGUUAGAUUAUUUGUUGAUUGUAGUAGGAAUUGCCACAGUGAUUUAUUCAAGUUAUCAAAUUAUAUUCUUAAACUAA